AUGAGACACCAGCCUUGUUCUCUCGUGCCACUGGAUAGCCACGACCUAAUCAGUCGGUUACUGAUGGCGACGAUAGUGGUCUCGCAGAUAGUGAGAGGUGAAGUUGUAGCACCACAGGGUGAGGACGGACACUCCGUGGCCACUAUGUCCCCUCCGACGCCGGUGAAACGAUACCAGCCUUCCUCCAGCGUGCUGUCGCUCGGCGGCCAACCAGGGAACGAGGUGGAGCGAAAGAACAUCUGUCAGGAUUAUAGAAACAUCUCCGACCCGUGGCGCAACGUUCGUUUUAACUCCACCGCCUCCUCUGCCUGGCCAAAAAUCAAUUCUACUCUUCAUGAAGGCUGGUACCGCUUCACUGGGAUUGGUGGAGAUAUCAUGGCUGAAGGAUGCUCCACGGCUCACCAUAAUGGGAUUACACAAUGCGCAUCUUCAGGAGAAACGGGACACCCGGUCCGUAGGGUCGAUUUGUGUGAUAAAACUUCUUUGCUCUGCUCAUUUGAUGGACACGAUGAUCUCACUCAGCUUCAGUGCCCUGACGGCUUUUUCCUCUACUAUCUGUUCCCCACACAGGGCCUUUUUCUCACAGGUCAUUACAGAUGUGAUGACUCCUCCUGUGGGGAGAAUGCACAGUGUGUGUCUGGAGGAGGGUGUGUAUGCAAGCCCGGUCUCAAGAUACCUGAUGGACACCUGCCAACAAGAGACUCUUAUGGGUGCACUAGUGACAGUGGGAUUAAGGGUAAGGCAGCCAACAAGAGACUCUUAUGGGAGGUGACCACAUUACUGAGGACGGUCCUGGACUCCCAGGAGAUGAUACUAGCGGAAACCACUGAUCCAGACAAACUGGUGUCACUCGGAAACUCCGUCAUUCAUGCCAUUGAAAAACUGGUGUCUACACUGGUGAAACCAACAGACGCCCAAAGCAAUGAGAGCAUCAACACUCUAUCUACGGAGGUCAGGGUUUUCACUGUUGGACCAAACACUACAGUGAAAAAAAUCCCACCGCUUGACACCAACAAUACUCUCCUGGAUAUUGACCUUGUCGGCAUUUCCAAAAACAACAGAGAGCAUGGAAAUGCCUCUGUCUCUCUCGUGACCUACAAGAACAUGGCAGAAAUGUUGAAACCCUCUCUCUUCCACUCAGAGAACAACACAGUCAACACGAUGAUGUCCACAGUGGUCUCAGCCUUCCUGCCCAAGACCACCAACAAAACAUUAACCAAACCAGUUAACUUCACCCUGAAACACAUCAGAGAAAUGGAUCCUAAAGGUCUGCUGCGCUGUGUGUACUGGAACGUUAGUGAAUGGGUUGUGGACGGCUGUUCCAUCACUGAGACCAACUCCAGUUACACAGUCUGUUCCUGUGUACACCUGUCCACUUUUGCUCUCAUCAUGCAAACUAAAAGACCACCCAAGAGCAACUAUCUCAUGGAGAUUGUGAACACAGUAGCAGUAACUGUUGGGCUGGUCUUUCUGUUCUUGGCUGUGUUGACCUUUGCUGUCUUGGGGAAGAACUCAAGCGUGACCAACACAGCUCUACUCAACCUCUCUCUCUGUCUGCUGCUGGCUCAUCUCCUCUUCCUCCUCACCCAACACCUCCUGCCCUAUAUACGCAUCCACAAGAGAGUUUGUGCUGCAAUAGCUGGAACACUCCAUUUCCUUUUUCUCUCUGCGUUUGUGUGGAUGUUCAUUGAGGCCAUAAUACUCUUCAUCACAGUCAAGAACCUAUCAAAGAUCAGAUCCAAACAGGAGGUGGUUCACUGGGGAUUCCUGCUUGUGAUUGGCUAUGUGAUCUCUCUGGCCGUGGUCUCAGUGUCUGUGGGGGUGGUGCCUGAUGGAUAUGGCAGUGAGGAGUGUUGGAUUAAGAAGGACAAAGGCUUCACCUGGAGUUUCCUGGGUCCUGUCUGCUUCAUUCUAGGAGUCAAUUUGAUUCUCUUCAUUGCCAUAAUCACCAUUCUCAAAUGGACUCUAAUGAAAGUGAACACUGAAGUCUCACAGCUCAGGUCCACUAGGACUAUGGUGUUCAAAUCCCUGGCCCAGUUUAUCAUCCUCGGUUGCCCUUGGAUACUGGGCCCCUUCACACACAUCAGUGAGAACAUGGAGCUUGUUUUCCUUUUUUUCAACUCCCAGCAAGGCACCUUCAUCUUCCUGGUCCACUGUGUCCUCAGUAAAGAGGUCAGGAAACAGUACAGGAAGUGGUGGCUCACACUCUGGCAUUGCCACAAGUCAAGUUCUCAUCACAGACAUUCAGCUGGACCAUGA